AUGGCUACGCAACAGCCAACGUCCCGUGCUCUCCAUGCACGAAUCAAUGCCGAUAUAACACAGCUUCUCCAGAGAUUUGAAAACAUCAUGGCUGCUGCAACAGUGGACAACCCCAGUCGCACAUCCUCCGCCAUUGAGUCGUACCAGCUUGACGUUGAAUCGACAGCGCUCAUCCGCGCUGCCGAGGAUAUCUUGUCCCUUACGCGUACAUUGAAAGAGACAUGGCUAUUUGGGAAGCUAGAGACGCUUGGAGAAGAUGAGAGAGAUAUUCAACGACGGGAACAGCUGGAGAAAGAUGUAGAAGCUGUCAGAGAUAUGAUCCAGCAGAGAACGCAAGCAGAAUCGGAGAAGCAAUGA